AGUGUUGAAUAUGCUGAGGCCUUAAGGUUCAGCGGUUCAGAGAUUUCUCCUUUGGGCAAAAUUUGUAUCGUUAGCUCUUUAGUCCAUCUUCCUAAACUGUUCUUCUUUAAAAGAAAACAAGACUCUCAGCCAUGAGGAAGAAGAGAAGCAGCCACUCCAGUCCCAACACCACCUGCCAUCACCAUAGCCUAUGCUACGACCGUCUGAUUGAAAAAUGUAUCAGCUGCAAAGUGAUGCAGAGAGGAGGCACCGAGAAGGAGACAAGAACCAUCCUCACAGUGGCCUCCAUUACAACCCAGAUACCAGCACCUCUUACUACAGAACAGACUUGUUCAGCCUUAACCUUUGUUUUUGUGGGAUUAACCUUCACCAUAGCAGUUCUAUGCUUUGUAAUGUACUUGAAACAAAGGAGAAAGAAGAAGAUGAGGAAAGCUGGAAAUGAUCACUCCAUUGAAAAUGAAGUUCAGAAAGACCUUGGCUGCAGCCCAGGAGAUGAUAGCCCUGAAGUACCUGAAUGCCCACACUCGGUUGUCACUUCAGAUACUUCCACAGAAGAAAACUUUAAGACAAGUGUGCACCAUAUUCCUGUACCAGGAAAUGACAUCACGGAUGUAGACUUCCUGCCUUCCUAUGACAAUAACUGCAAUCCUACCUUUCCAGUGCCAGCAACUGAACUCGGGGCAACGAUGUUGGUGACCACCAAAACUACACAAGAAAACUUCCUCAGUGAGAAGUUGGCAUAACAGCAGAUUUAAAAGGGUGAGAUUUAGCAGGCCCUCACUCAAGCGUGAUAUAAACAUCACGUUUGAUAAGGACAGUGACAGGACAUAAGCACCAGCUGAGUGUAUCACUGUAACAGUGAAAGCAAGUUUGUUGUUUCCCCACAUUGUAAUUAAAUUUUAAAAAUAUUUCAUCUGUCCAAAAGUCCCAGUUCAAUUGAUACUUUGGGAUUCAUUUUACUGCACUUCCUUUGUGAGCUCUGAGGUUAGAAAAGAUAUGUGCCUAAGAAAAUAAAAAUAUUGCUUAAUU